AUGGCCUAUGACCGGUUUGUGGCUAUCUGUCAUCCACUGCACUACAUGGUUAUCAUGAACCCCAAGUCAUGUGGCCUCUUGCUUCUAGCAUCCUGGAUGUUGAGUGUUCUGAACUCUCUAGCAUAUACUUUAAUGGCUUUGAGACUGUCGUUUUGUACAGAAUUGGAAAUUUCCCACUUUUUCUGUGAAUAUAAUCAGGUACUACAACUUGCUUGUUCUGACACUUUCCUCAAUUAUUUAGAGAUGUACUUUGCAGUUGGACUUUUAGCUGUUAUUCCACUCACUGGGAUACUUUUCUCUUACAUUAAGAUCUUGUCUUCUAUUGUGAGAAUUUCAUCAACUGGAGACAGGUCUAAAGCCUUUUCCACUUGUGGGUCUCACUUCUCAGUUAUUUGCUUGUUCUAUGGUACAUCACUUGGAGUUUACCUUAGUUCUUCUGCUUCCCCAAACUCCAGGGCCACUGCAAUAACCUCAGUUAUGUACACUGUGGUCACUCCCAUGCUGAACCCCUUUAUCUAUAGUCUUAGAAAUAAGGACAUAAAACAGAGCCUAAGAAAACUUUUCAACUGA